AGUGGGUAGGGACCGCCCGUGUGGAGCCAUUGAUACUCCCUCUUUUCUGGCUCUGAAGGCUUCAGCCCCCCGCGCGUGUGGCGGACCCUAGGGACGUCAGGUCACCCUGCGGCCCCGGCCCUCCUGCCGCGCUUCAGGCAUAAUGGUUAUGAAAGCUUCUGUAGAAGACGAUGAUUCAGGAUGGGAGCUCAGUAUACCAGAAAAGAUGGAAAAAAGUAAUACAAACUGGGUGGACAUAACCCAAGAUUUUGAAGAAGCUUGUCGAGAAUUAAAGUUGGGAGAACUGCUUCAUGAUAAGCUGUUUGGUCUUUUUGAAGCCAUGUCUGCCAUUGAAAUGAUGGAUCCCAAGAUGGAUGCUGGCAUGAUUGGAAAUCAAGUUAAUCGAAAAGUUCUCAAUUUUGAACAAGCUAUCAAGGAUGGCACCAUUAAAAUUAAAGACCUCACUUUGCCUGAAUUGAUAGGGAUAAUGGAUACAUGUUUUUGCUGUUUGAUAACAUGGUUAGAAGGCCACUCUUUGGCACAGACAGUAUUUACAUGCCUUUACAUUCAUAACCCAGACUUUAUAGAAGAUCCUGCCAUGAAAGCUUUUGCUCUGGGUAUCUUGAAAAUCUGUGACAUAGCAAGGGAAAAAGUAAAUAAAGCUGCUGUUUUUGAAGAGGAAGAUUUUCAGUCAAUGACUUAUGGAUUUAAAAUGGCAAACAGUGUGACUGAUCUUCGAGUUACAGGCAUGUUAAAAGAUGUGGAAGAUGACAUGCAAAGAAGAGUAAAGAGUACUCGAAGUCGACAAGGAGAAGAAAGAGAUCCAGAAGUUGAACUAGAACACCAACAGUGUUUAGCGGUAUUCAGCAGAGUGAAAUUUACUCGAGUGUUACUGACAGUGCUUAUAGCCUUUACUAAGAAAGAGACCAGUGCAGUUGCAGAAGCUCAAAAAUUGAUGGUUCAAGCAGCAGAUCUUCUUUCUGCCAUUCAUAAUUCAUUGCAUCAUGGCAUCCAGGCUCAGAAUGAUACUACAAAAGGAGAUCAUCCAAUUAUGAUGGGUUUUGAGCCCCUUGUUAACCAGAGGCUACUUCCACCCACCUUCCCUCGCUAUGCAAAAAUAAUUAAAAGGGAAGAAAUGGUCAACUAUUUUGCAAGAUUAAUAGAUAGAAUAAAAACUGUGUGUGAGGUGGUCAAUUUAACAAAUUUACAUUGUAUCCUGGAUUUUUUUUGUGAGUUUAGUGAACAGUCACCUUGCGUUCUUUCAAGAUCCCUUUUACAAACCACUUUCCUGGUGGAUAACAAAAAAGUCUUUGGAACUCAUCUCAUGCAAGACAUGGUGAAAGAUGCACUUCGGUCUUUUGUCAGUCCUCCGGUGCUUUCCCCGAAGUGCUGCUUAUAUAAUAAUCACCAGGCUAAGGACUGUAUUGACUCAUUUGUUACUCACUGUGUUCGGCCAUUCUGUAGUCUUAUUCAGAUCCAUGGACAUAAUAGGGCUCGACAGAGAGAUAAGCUUGGUCAUAUUCUUGAGGAGUUUGCUACCUUGCAGGAUGAGGCAGAGAAGGUGGAUGCAGCCCUUCACACUAUGCUGUUAAAACAAGAACCCCAAAGGCAACAUUUGGCCUGUUUAGGUACCUGGGUCCUUUACCAUAACCUUCGAAUUAUGAUACAGUAUCUUCUAAGUGGCUUUGAAUUGGAACUCUACAGCAUGCAUGAGUACUACUACAUAUACUGGUAUCUCUCUGAAUUCCUUUAUGCAUGGUUGAUGUCGACAUUAAGUCGUGCCGAUGGCUCUCAAAUGGCAGAGGAAAGAAUAAUGGAAGAGCAGCAGAAAGGCCGUAGCAGUAAAAAGACAAAGAAAAAGAAGAAAGUUCGCCCACUGAGCCGAGAGAUCACAAUGAGCCAGGCAUAUCAGAACAUGUGUGCUGGAAUGUUUAAGACCAUGGUAGCAUUUGACAUGGAUGGCAAAGUACGAAAACCCAAGUUUGAGCUGGAUAGUGAACAAGUUCGAUAUGAGCACAGAUUUGCUCCGUUCAACAGUGUAAUGACACCACCACCAGUGCACUAUCUACAGUUCAAGGAAAUGUCUGACCUCAAUAAAUACAGCCCUCCUCCUCAGUCUCCAGAACUGUAUGUGGCAGCUAGUAAGCACUUUCAGCAGGCAAAAAUGAUAUUGGAAAAUAUCCCAAACCCAGACCAUGAGGUCAAUAGAAUUUUAAAGGUUGCCAAACCCAACUUUGUGGUUAUGAAAUUAUUGGCAGGAGGACACAAAAAGGAAUCUAAGGUACCUCCCGAAUUUGAUUUCUCUGCUCACAAGUACUUUCCUGUUGUGAAACUUGUUUGAGACUGAAGGGUGACCAUAAAAGGGUAAAAUCGAAUUUCAGAUUCUAUCCAUCCAUCAGUCUUACCACAUAACAUGAAGUGAAAUGGAUUUCUUGGAUAACAACCCAUUAUAAGGAAUACUUUUAAUUUGACAGCGACAUGAAUGAAAACUGCUGUUUUAAAGUGGUUUAUUAUGUCCAUGGAUGAAACUGGUCUUGUUGAAUGCAUUGAUGAGUGUUAUAUGGUUUUAUUACAGAUUUAAUCAUAAAUCAUUUUUUAUGAAUAAGAUUGAGUGAAAAUAGUGUUUGUAAAGGUUAAUAAAUUUCUUGACAAAAAUGCA